UAAGGCUUGUGGAUAUUGGGAAAGGGAUGCUAGUUCUGUCAUGGGCGUGCUGAAACAAGCUUGUGCUGUGCGAGAUCUCAGCAUUUGUUUGCCUUUUUAACGUGAAAAAAGGCGUUAGUGCAGAGUAGUCCCCACAGAGCUAGGAGGGGUAUUUAGAACGUGAAGCAUAAACAUGGGAACAUAAAAUGGCAGCAGCCUUUCCCUCUCAGUAAUGUUCUUUCUGAUUUAUAGUUUUGAUUUUAUAUAUGGAUGCCUGCAUGGAGGACCAAGGAGCUUCUGGACACAGGAUCUGCUCUUCUUCUACCGUGGGACCCCAUAUCCUGUCACAGUGUGCAGCGUGGAAACGUUCCAAGCCUUGGAGAACCUGGAAGCCAGAAGAGAUGAUGUGCUGCUGGUGUCCUACCCCAAAUGUGGUGUGAACUGGCUUAUCCAGAUUUUAAGUGAUUUGAUAUUUACAACUACCCAGAGUAAACCUGUAAGCACUGAACUACCAUUUAUUGAAUGUGGAGAUCCAGGUAAAUAUCAGAGGAUGAACCAGAUUCCAUCUCCAAGGAUUUUGGCGACACAUCUGAGUUAUGACUGCCUCCCCAAGUCUAUUUUCAAGAACAAAACUAAGAUACUAGUGCUGUUUCGAAACCCUAAGGAUACAGCUGUUUCAUUUUUCCAUUUCCACAACAGUGCACCAGGCGUCCCCAGUUACAGCUCCUGGGAUGAGUUCUUCUCAGAGUUUAUGAAUGGGAAAGUCGUCUGGGGAUCCUAUUUUGAUCAUGCAGUUACCUGGAACAAACACAUAGAGGAUGAGAAUAUUAUGACCAUAAUAUAUGAAGACCUGAAGGAGAACCUGACUGCCAGUGUAAAGCAGAUAGCUGAAUUCUUUGGCUUCUCCCUGACGGCAGAGCAGAUCCAGUCCAUUGCAGACAGGGCCACCUUCCAGGAAGUGAAGGAUAAGGCUCAGGAGACUCAUGGUGCUGUUGGCUCCAUUCUUUUCCGCAAAGGUGUUGUUGGAGACUGGAAAAAUCUUUUCACUGAUGCUCAGAACCAGGAAAUGGAUGCCAAAUUCAAAGUAUGCUUAGAAGGAACUAAGCUGGGAGCGAAGUUAAAAUACGACGUGUACUGCAAGACCUGAAGCUCCUGUAGAGAAAAAAACCUCUGUGAUCUAGGCUGCUUUUUGUUAAAUUUUAUGAAAUAGAAACCGGGACUGUAACUGAUUUAAAUGUUUUGAAAAUCCCUACAAUUUACAUACCUGUUUCUGCUGUCUUAACUUAGGCAAACAAUCCUUGCUUAUGCAGUUGGUAUAAUUGAAUUCACUGGAUUCUCUUAAAUGACCUGUAGUUCUUUGGCUUCAUUUGGUUUUUCAAAUGGAUUUUUAGCUAUUAUUUCAGGUUACCUGGUAGAAUCCUGUGUGGGAUAUAUAUGCAGUAGUUAAACUUGCUGAAAUAACUGGAAAUGUAUUCACUACAUUGGAAGAGAUUUUCUAAGAGAUUUUAUAAAACAAUAAUGAAGUAUUGUUUUGAUUCCUAAUUUCCAAGAUCAUAGGAUUAAUAUAUAAUUUUAAAUUCUAAUGUAAUUGUGAAAAUGAAAUUUCAAAAGGACUUGUUUUUUUUCCUACUUUCUGUGUGCUGAUAAAUGUGUGAAAAAAAAUGAAGUAACUCAGUGGUGGAAA